UCGGCACUGCCGCAGUGGCAAAAAGCUGCUUUUUCUAUCGUUUAUACGCUCUUAUUGGCAAUAUAUCGCCCUCUGUCGAUAAAAAACUAUUUUUGAGAAUUUCCGUAAACAAAGCAAGGGAAAGUAUUUUCUUGCAAUGGAGUCAAAUGCAGAUGAAGUUGAACCUCAAAAUGGGGGAUCACACAUGCUAGCAGAUGGGCCAAAGCAGCUAUCAGAUAAACAAAGAGCCAAGGUUGAACGAAACAGACAGCGUGCAUUAAUGCUCCGUAAUGCAAGAUUGAAGGCAAGACCAUAUUCAAAACAGAAAGCUGAGAAAACGAUAAGUGCCGCUGGAUUAUCAGGAGGAGGAGGAGGAUUGAUCCAGGGGAAGCGUUUCAUUGACACAGGAGCUGGUUUUCUCCUCGAAGAAGACCUAGAUGAGGAAACUGAGAAAAAAGCUAUUAAGAUUGUUGAGGAACCAGCACCUGAUUUAUCAUCAGAUGAUCCAUAUACCUGCAUUGAAUGUCAGCAGGGCUUCCAGAAUUCCUACCUUGUUAAAAACUUUGACCACCAAGUUUGUGAUGAAUGCAGAGAUAACGAUGAUAAACAUCAACUUAUUACCAAAACAGAUGCCAAAAAUCUCUACCUCAUUAAGGAUGUUGAUUUAGACAAGCGGGAACCAAUAUUAAAAUUUAUAUUAAGAAAAAAUCCCCACAAUUCAAAAUGGGGUGAUAUGAAAUUGUACCUGAAACUGCAGGUGGAAAAAAAAGCUUUAUCAAUAUGGAACAGCCUUGAGGAGAUUGAGGAGGAAAAAGAAAAACGAACAGAAAAUAAAGAAAAGGCAAAACAAAAAAAAUUUAACAAAAAGAUAAAAGAUCUCAGGAAAGAGGUGCGGACAAGUCUUUGGACAAGGGAUCUGUCUGAACAUUGUCAUAGUUACGGUGAAGAAUUUUGUGUAGAUGAAGAGAAUGACAUGUACAGCAAGGAGUGUUCAUGUGGCCACAAAUUAACAUAUGAAAAGAUGUGAUGUGAAUAUUCAUCAGGCAUAGGUAACAACUAGCCAGUUGUAUUCAUUGUUAAAUUCAGUUUACAGAGCAUGCAGUUUACAUCAGACACCUGUACACAAGCAAUGAAUUAUAACUGGAAGUAAUCACAGGCUAAACAUAUGAAAAGAGUUUACGUGAAUAUUAAGAAUAUUUAUUAGGCAUCACUGAUGUGACAUAACAACAACCCAAUCAUGUUCAUUGUAAUUCUGGUCAUUUAGGACAUUACAUUUCCAGCCACUUGCUCUUCAGGCAAUGACUAAUGAAGUAAAUUAUGUCUAGCUGUAGCCAGUCUAAGCUGUCAAUUGCUAACAUAGCCUUUCACUAGAAAAGAUUUGGUGAUGUACACUCUCCCCUCCCAGCUUUGUUAGUUAGCACUGCAUCACUAAGUCAUUUAGCUUGCUCAAGUUCCAAGUAAAGUACCAACUGGACCAUAAAGCUUAUAGCUUAUGUGUGUAUUUUGUGUUAUCAAUCAUGUUUUCAGGGGAGUAUCCAAUGGAGAGUGGGGGUAAAGAGAAAUGUUGUCACAUUUUAAAAUUUCAUUACAUACCAUAUGCCAUGUUUUAAAUAAUAAAACAAAACAGAAUACAAAAUGUUUGAAUAAGGCUUCGACCCCUUUGUUACGCCAUUGCUGUAAGCAUUCAACACUUGUACAUAUUCUGAUGAGUUGGUGACCUGCCGCCCUUUGGAAUAUUCUGAAUCCACCCCUGGUUUCAUUUAUGUAAAAAUAGAAGCCAUUGGCACAUUGGUUGUCGCUUGGACUUGCUUGAGGUCAGGGGUUUGUGCUGCGCAUGUCGUUUAUGUCCUUGGAAAGACACUUUUUCUAUGUUCAUCUCUAUAUUCAGGGGUAUCUGGUAGGAUUUGGCAUUUAUUGUACUACUGUAGUUUCGUGCGCUGAGUAAAUUCGCAUGACUAAGUAUUCUCUCCAGGGUGCAGAGAAUGUUGCACUUUCAGGUAGUUUGCCAUUGUACAGUAUAUUAUCCAGUGACCAGGGAUAAUAAUGUUCGAGCCCCUUUGAUCAUUUAUUUGGAAAUGACAUUAUAUAAAUACUGUACAGUUUAUAGAAAUAUUAUAGUUAUUAUUAGACAUACUUUGAAAAUAUAAAAUUCAUGAGUUACUAUAAAUUCUACGAAAACAGGAAUUGUAUCAUCAAUUAUAACUUUAUCAGAAUUGACUUUGCCAGGUAUAGGUACAUUAGCAAUCAGAAUCCUUAUCAUGUAUUUUAAGCAAGACAGGUUUAUAAACCACUUCACUUCAAAUUUCUGUCAUCUGUCUGAGAUUUUUUUUACUAUGCCAAAGAACUAAAUGUAUAAAAAGCCGCUACAACAGACUUGAUUAGGUCUUUUAAUGAAGACUCACUCAAUGUUGAUUUGAAUCAUGCCAGAUUGUCAUGUCAAUGUGGGUUAGGACAAAAAAAAAGUUAUCGUCAGUAGCCCCAUCAAUCUAAGAUGUUAUAAAUGGUGAAUUAAAAUGUCAGCAUCCUCAUUAGAAAUUAGUCCAAAUCGUAAUUUGUUAUUUAAACACGACCUGGUUUUAGAUAAAAUGUGAUGUAAUUGCAUUUCUUCCUCUUGUACUCGUGAAGGAAUUCUAAAAUUUGUUGGGGACAAAUGAUGAUGAAAAUUCAGGAGAUCAAGGAUAAAAAAAAAACCCCAGAGACACAAGAGAAUAGGUCCUUAUUUUGAAAUCUGUCAGGCUUACAAUCGGAUAUUAUGAAGUUUUAAUUGUCCAAAUUAGAACAAGGUGGGCACAUCUCUUAUUCCCUCUGAAUGAUCUAUGGGACCUAAGAUAGUGCAAUAUUUAAUGAAGUAUUUUACUGAUUUUACUGUAAAUAUAAUAUUAUAAUAACAAAAAGUGUGCCAUUUUUAUGAAAUGAAACCCCCACCCCCAAUUCAAAAUUGGUGAUGUAAUGAACCAUUUUAGAAAUUUUGUAGAAUCGCUAUUGAUAAUUUUAUCUUUUACAUUCAUUGACAUUGAUAAAAUACAUUAUUUGGCUAUUACAAAAUUGUAAAAGAGGUGAAAAUUUCAAUUUCAUUCAAAAUGUCAGGAUUGUAAACAAAUUAAACAUCAAUCAGAAUACAUUAUGGUCUACCACCAAUAA